AUGGCCUCCCACAAGCCUCCACACCACCGCCAGGGGUACCACCCACUGUCCAGCAAGCUUUCGGCGGACCACGAGGGCUGGACGGAGGGCAUUGCGUCCCUCACAGAGCACAACACCGCCACGCAGCUGCUGGAUGAGCGGCCCGCCACCAACGGGCGCAAGGUGAGGGGGCGGCGCGGGCAGCACGUGUCAGGCACGCAGGCAGGGACCCGCGUGCGCUGUCGCAAUGGCGGCGGCCGCGCCGGCGCCCCCGACGGCUACGGCCCCACCUCCCUCACCGAGCCCCAGCUGGACGAGCUGCUGGCGGCGGUGGAGGCGCACAUGGGCGAGCGCGGCGCCGACGUCACGGUGGUGCGCCGCCGCAAGGUGGCCGCCCCCAGCGUGGGCGCCCCCGACAUGUCUGUGGCCGACGUGUGCAUCCGGCGGCGCGUGGGCUCCGCGCCGCCGCUGGAGGUGCGCGUGGCGGUGGUGGGCAACGUGGACAGCGGCAAGUCCACCAUGGUGGGCGUGCUGACGCGCUCUGUGCUGGACGACGGGCGCGGCUUUGCCCGCUCCAAGGUGUUCCGACACGGCCACGAGGUGGACACGGGCCGCACCUCGUCCAUCGGCCAGCACAACCUGUGCCUGGACAGCCGGGGCGGCAUCCUGAACGACGCCGCCUUCCGCACGCAGUCCAUCGCCGACUAUGUGGCGCGGGCGUCCAAGGUGGUGACGCUGGUGGACCUGGCGGGGCACGAGAAGGUUCCCGUCUUCUUCGUGGUCACCAAGAUCGACCUGGCGCCGGAGCACGUGCUGAAGCACACGCUGGCCACGCUGCAGCAGAUCCUGAAGAAGCCGGGCGUCAAGAAGCGGCCCUUCCUGGUGCGCAGCCGUGACGACGUGCUGACGUGCGCGCGCCACAUGCACGCCGACAGCCUGGCUCCCAUCUUCCUCACCUCCUCCGUCACCGGCAGGGGCCUGGACCUCAUCCGCCUCUUCUACAACCUCCUGCCGCAGCGCCACAACUGGUUUGAGCGCACCUCUGAGCACGCCGAGUUCAUCAUCGACGAGACCUUUGGCGUGCCGGGUGUGGGCACAGUGGUGGCGGGCACGGUGAAGCGCGGCGUCAUCGCGCCCAACUCCACGCUGCUGCUGGGCCCCGACAUCGCCGACGGCACCUUCAAGCCCGUCACCGUCAAGAGCGUGCACUACAAGCGCCUGCCAGUGGGCCGGAUUGUGCGGCAGGCGGCACGCGUGGUGGCCAUGGACCGAGAGCGCCUGCGCAGCGGCGACCGCGCCUGCGUGCGCUUCCGCUUCCUCCAGCGCCCGGAGUACCUCACGCCCGGCACCCGCUUUGUGUUCAGGGAGGGGCGCACCAAGGGCAUCGGCAUGGUGGUUGGCACAGAGAUGAGCCCCACCGCCAUAGCGGCCCACUGACCACCAGCACGCGCCUGGCGCUGCCCGCCACCCGCGGGUCGAGGCUUGCCGCGGAGGCACCCCAGCCUUCUGCUUUAGACUAUCUUUUCUUCGCAGAGGGCUGGGUGUCUGUGACGUGGCGCUGCCAGCGAGCCUGCUGUGCGAGCGGCUAGUGCGGGCAGUGGCGGCUUGUUGUUGAUGUUUGUUGUUGUUGUAUUAUGCUCCUUUCGCAUCCAUAGCCUUGAAGGACUCUGCUCUGCACAUGAAACCAUUCGCCACCUGCAUUUUGCAAUCUGCUGUGUCUCCACCUCUUGUUAUAUACUGGCCUGCCUGCACAGCUUCCUGUUGCGUGUAACUACCACCAGGCGC